AACAGUAUUCAUGGAGCCUAACAUAGGGCAAGCUCUGGCCGCUGUCCUCACGCUGCUGGUGACCACGAGAGCACUGUGGUAUCUGCUCUGGAGGCCGUAUGCCAUAGCCAGGUGGUUCGGGCGGCAGGGCAUUAGAGGUCCGCCUUACAAAUUCCUGGUUGGGUCCCUGCCGGAGUGCCAAAGGAUGGUUGUUGCCGGGAGAGCCAAGGAUCUGGACACCAGCUCCCACGACUGCGUCACUACGGUGCAACCCUUCUUCCGUAAAUGGGCCUCCCUGUAUGGAAAAACAUUCCUGUACUGGCUGGGACCGACACCAGCACUGUGUUGUACAGACAUGGAGCUGGUGAAGAAAGUGUUAACCGACAGGACAGACAUGUUCCAAAAGGACUAUUUGAACCCAAGCUUGGAUCCAGUUCUGGGGAACGGGGUUGUGUUCGCAAACGGAGACGACUGGAAGCGGCGCCGCAAAUUCAUCCACCCUGCUUUCAACCAAGGGAUGAUCAAGGCCAUGUCAGAAAUAACGUUGGAGUGCACACAGCGGACAAUGGAACGGUGGCGCGCAAAAAUUCAAGAGAGCAGCAGGCAGCAGACCGAGAUAGACAUGAGUCACGACUCUGACGAAAUAGCCAUGAGUGUCAUUGCACGAAUGAUGUUGGGCAAGAACUACAAGGAGGCCUGGGAGGUGCUGGUCGCCGGUAAAGAGCAGUUGAAGCUUGCCACAUAUGCUUUUGCGGAUCCUCCGGUAACUGGAUUCAAGUACCUGCCGACACCUCGCAACCGUCGGACGUGGCAACUUGACAAGCUUGUGAGAAGCAAGAUCUCACGGAUCAUAGAGGCACGACUUGGUAGCAGCAUCUACGAAGACGACCUGCUGGGGCAGAUGCUGCAGCUGCAGGCAUGUAGCAAGACCCAGACUCUGAGCACCGAGGAAAUGGUCGGCGAGUGCAGGACCUUCUUCGCGGCUGGGUACGAUACCAGCGCCAGCCUCAUUACCUGGGAGAUGUUCCUGCUGGCCAGCUACCCACAGUGGCAGGAGAUGGUCAGGGAGGAGGUCGUCCGGGAAUAUCCUGCUCACCACCUGCCCUUAGUUGAUUCCCCUGGCAAACUGAAGCUGCUUAACAUGUUGCUCUUGGAGACACUGAGGCUCUAUGGCCCCAUAGCUUUCCUACAGAGGAAGACUUCCUCAGACACCACCCUCGCGCACAUGAAGGUGCCGAAAGGAACUAUGAUAACAAUACCGUUGGUGAUGUUGCACCGGGACAAAGAUGUCUGGGGGCCUGACGCUGACAUGUUUAACCCCAUGAGGUUCCAGAAUGGCUUCUUGAAGGCCGCCAAGCAUUCGCACGCGCUGUUGGCCUUCUCAUGCGGUCCUAGGGUCUGUGCUGGGCAGAAUUUCGCCAUGGUUGAGGUGCAGAUCGUGAUAGCCACCAUCCUGAAGAGUUUCACCUUCUCCCUGUCCCCUACUUAUGUGCACAAGCCCAGCAAUUUCAUCACUCUGACGCCCAGGUACGGGCUCCCUCUCAUCGUGAGGAAACUGCAGCAGGCUGUGUGAUCAUCCUGCGACAUCAUACUGGAGCUCUUUUUUUGUUGCGAAAAUCAUACUGGAGCUCUAUAGUGUGAUAUGUCAUGUACUAUGCAAUAGUGUACUAAAUAAUAUACCUAGCACGAAAAU